AUGACCAAAUCAAUCGCAAACCAUGACCUCCCGAAGCCGCCGUCCGGCAAAUAUCCCGCCAAAGCCCAUUGUCGUCGCGUAGCGGCAUGGAUAGCCGAAAAUGGCGGACCGUCUAGCGGCGUUAUCUACCUCCAGGGACAGACGCUGAAAGAACAUGAAGACGAUGACACCGAGCAGCAUUUUAGGCAACGCCGCCACUUCUACUACCUUACUGGCUGCGAACUCCCGGACUGUAGCUUUGCAUACGACAUUGCCUCUGACAGGUCUACACUAUGGAUUCCUCCGGUCGACCCGGGGUACGUUAUGUGGGCUGGCAUGCCGCUGCUGCCGAAGGAAGCCCUGGAGCGAUACGACAUUGAUGUAGUUCUCACCACCGACGAGCUGAAGUCCGGAAAGGCUGUCGAGAACAUGCUCAAGAAGCAGAACGAGACCCUCUUAGUGAUCAAGGACCGCGCGGACCUGGACAUCUUCCACGCCGAUGGUGUGAAGCACCUGCAGCCAAACUUCGACCAUGAAUGGACACGUCGCGGCAUCGAGCAGUGUCGUGUUGUAAAAGACGAGCACGAGAUCGCCAUGAUCCGCCAUGCCAACAUCGUCUCGUCCUACGCCCACGAGCAAGUCCAAGCCUCCGUCCACGCCGCGUCCAACGAGCAGGAACUCAACGCCGUCUUCACGAUGCACUGCCACGCCAACGGCUGCAAAGAAAUGGCCUACGGCUGCAUCUGCGCGGCCGGCACAAACGCGAGCACCCUGCACUACGUCCACAACAACCUCCCGCUCACCAACAAGCUCAACAUGCUCAUGGACUGCGGCGCAGAAUACAACUGCUACUGCGCCGACAUCACCCGCACCUUCCCCCUCAACGGGCGCUUCACCAAAGAGAGCCGCGACAUCUACUCCCUCGUGCUCAAGAUGCAAACCGAGUGCAUGGCCAUGAUCAAAGCCGGCGUCCUCUGGGAAGACGUCCACAUGCGCGCGCACACCAUCGCCGCCGCCGGCCUGCGCGAUCUAGGCAUCUUCAAGCAAGACCUCUCCGUCGAGAAGAUCCUCGAGUCCAAGGUCACAACGCGCUUCUUCCCGCACGGCCUGGGGCAUUACCUGGGAAUGGACACGCACGACACGGGCGGCAACGCGAACUACGCUGAUCCGAACCCCUAUCUCUCCUACCUACGCGUGCGCGGAAAACUACCCCUCAACGCGGUCGUUACUAACGAGCCGGGGAUAUACUUCCGGGAGUUUCCGCUACGGCAGGAGCUCAAGGAUGGGGCGUGGAAGGAGGUUAUCGAUGAGAGUGUGUUGGAUAGGUAUUGGAGUGUGGGUGGGGUGCGGAUUGAAGAUGAUGUUGUGGUCAAGGAGGGGGGGUGUGAGAAUUUGACGACGGUGAGUAGUAGGAUGGAGGAUAUUGAGACGCUGUGUAAUGGGGGUUGGGGUUUGAUAGAGGGAAGAGUAGGGGGCGUUCGCAGGAUGUUAGGUGGCGUCUCUGAGAUAUGA